AGAUUAAUUAUCCGCGUGAGCUUAACUCAAGGGUAGGAAUAUUGCUCUUUGAACUUCAAAAUACACAAGAUGUCUUUUUCGUGUCCGACUAAGAAACCAAAACUUGAGAGCACAACAGCAAGAGCAAAACCUAACUGGCUUGAACUUCCAAGAGAUGUUACAUCAAACAUUCUCACAAAGGCACGCUAUGUGUGUCCUUAUUGGUGGAAUAUUUGCAAAGAUCCUUUCAUGUGGCGCAAGAUUCACAUGGGAAGAUCUCAUCUUUACUUCCAAUUUGCAAAUCGUGGGACUCCAUAUCUUAACCGUUUGGUCAAUCUUUGUCAAUAUGCUGUUGACCUAAGUUCUGGUCAUUUAGAAAAGAUUGAUAUCUAUGGAUUUGGUACUGAUGAUCUUCUCCAAUACAUUGCUGAUAGUAGAGUUUCAAAUGAAGGUUGGUGCAAAGUUGCAAAGAAGUUUCCCCUGUUAGAGGAGAUUAACAUUUCAUAUGGCAUCCAAUCUGGGAAAUCUCUUGAAGUUAUUGGUCAAAGUUGUCCUCUUUUGAGAUCGCUAACAUUUAACGGGGCGUCGUAUAGAGGCCGCUUCAAGUGUGAUGAUGAGGCAUUUAUUAUUGCAAAAACAAUGCCUGGGCUACGCCAUCUUGAUAUUCAUGGAAACCCUCUCAGUGAAGUUGGGUUGCUUGCUAUUCUUGAUGGAUGCCCUCUUCUUGAAUCUCUCGACAUUAUAGGAUGUUAUAAUCUAGAUUUCAAUGGAAACUUGGGGGAAAGGUUGCGUAAUCAGAUCAAACAUUUUUGUGGAAGACAUUGUACAGCUUGGUCUUUUGUUUCUAUGCAAUGUAAUUUUGUUUAAAUUUCUUAGUAACCUUGUAUGCAUGUGUGGUUGGCAUGCUUUAUUUUGGUCAAUGGUUUAUUGACAUGCUUUAUUAAUCUUGUAUUUUGUUUUUUUAUUUGCUUAAUGAUUCUGGAAGUGAUGUUUUAUUUUA